AUGUCCCUGAGUCGGCCAGCACGAACUGCUAUAUUUAGUAAAGGAGGGAUAAAAUGUAAAGAAUGUAAGAAAAGAAAAAUUAUACUAGACGAAAAUCAUGAAACUUGUCAAUUAUGUUAUGAAAUGUUCAAACCUAAUUUAAGUGGGAAAAAAGUCAUUGAUGACUUUAUCAGAAAUACACAAAUUAAUUUUGUUACAGGUUCAAAACGUUGGACAUUGGAGUUUCUUAAAGCAUAUUAUCAGAUUUUUUUAAAUAAUUUUUUUAUGACUGAUGGUAUUAGUGAAUAUUUUGGAAUUACUCAAGAUCCUAUUACUAAAGAUAUGAUGAUUAUAAUGCCAUAUUAUUGUUCAGGUGAUUUGGUACAUUAUCUAAGUAAUGACUUUUUUAAUAUUAGUUGGGAAACAAAAUUGCAUGGGUUAUUUUUUAUAUUAACUGGACUUGAAAAAAUACAUCGGGCAAAUAUUAUCCACAAAGAUUUACAUAGUGGAAAUAUCUUUUUUGACAAAUAUCAUUAUGCGUACAUAGGUGAUCUGGGAAUAAGUAGAUCUGCAACUGAAUCAAAUAAUGAUAAUGAGAAAUAUGGUAUUAUUCCUUAUAUGGCACCAGAGAUUUUUCAAGGACAAAAAUAUACUGAAGCUUCAGAUAUAUAUAGUUUUGGAAUGAUUAUGUGGGAAAAUAUGACAGGUAGAAGACCUUUUUGGGAUGAAAUUCAUGAUAUAGAACUUAUAAUCAAAAUAUGUGAUGGUUUACGACCACCAAUUGUUACAAAUGCACCCAAAGGAUAUAUUGAAUUGAUGAAGGGAUGCUGGCAUUCUGAUCCAGAAAAAAGACCAACAGCUAGAGAUAUAUCUUGGAAAAUUGAUAAAAUGCAUAAUAAUGAAACUAAUAUAAAUCAAACUAAAAUUAUUAAAUCAUCAGAUAUUGGACCUGCAACAUUAACUAAUCCAGUUGCCAUUUAUAAGAGUAGACCUUUAAGUCGCAUGAUUCAAUCUGCAAUGUCUUUAAGGAGUUCAAGGGGUCGAUCUAUCGACACAUUUUAUUAUUAUCAAAAAAAUACUGAUAAAAGAAAGUUAGAAGAUGAUUCAGUUGAAGAUAGUAAUGACAAUGAACAAAGUAUUAAAAGAAGAAAAUUUCUUGAAAAUGAAAAUAGUGAUUACUUUACAAAAGAAAUUGAAUUAGAUAUUAAUAUGAGCUCUAAUCAACCUCGUGAUAAAGAAGAUUGUUGUAAAGACGAUAAUUAUGAAGAAGAUAAUCGUAAUAAAGAGAAUGAGUUGGCUUUAAGGCUUAAAGAGCUUGAAUAUUGGGAAAAAGAUUUAGCAUUAAAAGAACGAGAAAUUGCAUUAAGGGAACGUGAAGCUAAAAUUCGUGAAAUGGAAUUAUAUAAUUGUGAAAUAGAGCGUCAAUUAAAAUUGGCUAAUUAA